AUGUCCGAGAAAACACAACCUCGUAAAAGACUUAUCGUCAAGCUCAGUUAUCCUCCUGGUUCAAGAAAACGUGAUUCAAAUUCUUGCGCCACAUAUGAAAACAAGAGAAGGAAGAUUCAAGAUUCUGUGAAACCAGUCGUAACCUGUUAUUGGGUUGAUUCAAAUUAUCAAACCAAAUCAACAGCUUUGUCUCAAACAAAGGAUAGUAACAUUGUUGUUGAAAACAAGAAGAUCAUCAAGAACCAAGUUUCCAACACAGUUACGUCUCAACCAAAGGGUAGUAACAUUGUUGUUGAAAACAAGAAGAUAAUCAAGAUCAAGAACCAAGUUUCCAACACAGUUACGUCUCAACCAAAGGAUAGUAACAUUGUUGUUGAAAACAAGAAGAUCCUCAAGAACCAAGUUUCCAACACAAUACCUUUGUCUCAACCAAAGGAUAAUGACAAUGUUGUUGAAGACAAGAAGAUACUCAAGAACCAAGUUUCCAAAACAGAAAUAGCUUUUAAUGGUCCGAAAGAAAGUUCAAGACAUUGUUCAAAACCAGCGUCUGUGACAAGAGGUGAAGAAUGUGGGUUGAAGGAACCGAUGGAUGGUGUUAAGAGGAGGCAAUGUUGGUUGAUAUUAAAGAGGAUGUUGGUAGAUAGAGAUGGUUGGGAUUUGAAAGAUCCUCCAAAAAUAGCAAAGUCUGAUAAGUGUAAGACAAAGGCAAUAGGUUUGAAGGAAAUAGAGAGAAAAAUGAGGUUGUAUGCAACACCGGAUGAGUUUGCUAGCGACAUGAGGCUUGUGUUCUCUAAUGCAAUGGUAACCUAUCCUCCAAGGAAUCAUAUUUACCAAAUUGCAAAAAAGUUUAGUGACACUUUUGAACACAAAUGGAAGUCAUUGAAGAAUAUGUGGGAACUUGAGGAUACAAAAAGAAGCAACACUCACAAGAGAUACUAA